AGUCAACGACACAUCCACCACAAACAUUCAGAGACAAACCUUAACCUGCUGACUGAGAGAGACCUCCUGCAGCUCUGAGCAGGAGGGAAAAUCCAAAGACAGAAAGCGGAGGAGAAUCGACCUGACGAAGCUGACGGAGAUCUGCAUUUAGAUUGCCGAUUAAUCUGAUCGUUUUUUUUAUUUUUUUAAACAAUCAGCUGCAGUUCAACAAAAUAACCCGCCUCUAUCAGCUCGUCUGUCCAGAGAAGCUCAAAGUGUCCAGCAUCUUUCUUUCUUUUCCUUCCCUCCUCCCUAACGACCUGAGGAGGAUUUAUUAGCCGUCUAACCGCGGCGAUGUCUCCCUCCCUCCUCCUCGUCCUCCUCCUGGCUGCUCCCGCCCUCCUGACCCCAUUGACCUCCCAGGAGUUAGAGGUCAGAGGUCAAAGGCCACCCAGGGACACCAAGCAGGACUCCAUCAAGGUGGUGAUCUCCGAGGGAUGCAGCACUCAGGGGGAUUCAUCCGACGUCAGCCAGGGAGGUAGAGAAAUCGACCUGACCCCCGGCUCCCCUCUGGUCCUUACCCAUAAGAUCAAACUGGUUACAUCCGAUUCUGGUUCGGGGUCUGGAUCCUGCGGUUGUGAGACGGACUUUGCUGCCUUGCGGGAGCGUCUGGAGAGGCUGGAGAGGGAGGUGUCGUCUCUGAGGGAGAAAUGUGGCGGAGCUGAGGGCGGCUGCUGCACCUCCAAGGAGAGCAAAGGCGCAGGUUGCUCCAUCAAACCAGACACCGGCGAGUGUCCAAACGAGUGCAACGAUCAGGGUCGCUGCGUGGACGGAAAGUGUGUCUGCUUCCCUGGUUUCAGCGGACCGGACUGUGGUCAGUCCAACUGCCCCGGAAACUGCGACAACAAAGGAAAGUGUGUGAACGGUCAGUGUGUGUGUGAUCCUGGUUUCAGCGGCCCUGACUGCUCGCAGGGAGGCUGCCCGGACAACUGCAACAACAGGGGGCGCUGUGUUAAUGGACAGUGUGUGUGCGACAGCGGCUUCACCGGCCCCAGUUGCUCUGAUAAAUCCUGUCCUGGAAAUUGCAACAACAGGGGGCGCUGCAUCAAUGGGCAAUGUGCGUGUAAUCCUGGAUUCGCCCCGCCUGAUUGCUCCAAAAGGGCGUGUCCGGAUAACUGCAACAACCAGGGCAGGUGUGUGAACGGUAAAUGCGUGUGUGACAACGGCUUCACUGGUGAAGACUGCUCUGAGACUUCCUGCCCUGGAAACUGCAACAACAGGGGGCGCUGCGUUAACGGACAGUGCGUUUGUGACGGGGGAUUCACAGGUGAAGACUGCUCCGAGACUUCCUGCCCUGGAAACUGCAACAACAGGGGGCGCUGCGUUAACGGACAGUGCGUUUGUGACGGGGGAUUCACAGGUGAAGACUGCUCUGACAAAGCUUGUCCCAACAACUGCAGCAACCGCGGGAAGUGCGUGAACGGGAAAUGUGUUUGUGACGUUGGCUUUGCCGGGCCGGACUGCGCUGCCAAAGGCUGUCCCAAUAACUGCAGCAACAAAGGGCGGUGCGUCAAAGGAAGGUGUGUCUGCAGGCGGGGGUUCACGGGACCAGACUGCAGCCAGUGUGAGGAGGGGAUGACCGGACCUAACUGUGAUACGGUCAUGUCUGGAGUCUCUCAGCUGAGCACUCGUGAUGUCACUGAGUCGUCCGUCACUCUCGUUUGGAAUCCGCCUCCCAUCCAGUAUGAGACCUACUACAUCACCUUCACCAGCCAGAAAGAGAGCGACCAGCAGAUCAAGGUGCAGGUGGACGGCAGCGUGAACACCUUCACGCAGACGGGACUGGCGGCGGGUCAGGAGUACACCAUCAGCAUCACCGGAGAGAUCGAUGGCAGGAGAGGGGCUGAGAGCUCGGCUGAAUUCAUGACCCUCAUCUCUGGUCCGUCCAACCUCCACGUUGUCAAGACGACCACGACAUCAGCAGUCCUCCAAUGGGAGCAGUCGCAUGGUGAGAUCGACAGGUACCGUUUGACCAUCACACCUAACGAUGGAGCGGGAAGCAGUAAGGAACUCACCUUCCCGCCCAGCCAAGACUCCGCCCACAUCCAGGAUCUAGAGGCGGGGCGAUUGUACGACGUCACACUCGUGGCGGAGAAGGGCACGAGUCAAAGUGGACCAGCAUUCACCCAGGUUACUCCAGCUCGCUCCUUCCAGUUUGAGAACCUUCCUCCUCAGACCGACUACACCGUGACGUUGCUUGGAAAGGGUCCUGGCAUCCUGUCCAGACUGCACAAGCUCGUCAUCAGUACAGCUCUGGCCCGGAGCCUCCCCACUGACAUAGUCUUCAGCGAGUUGACCGAUAACUCUCUGACUGUGUCGUGGACCAAACCAAAGUCUUCCAUCAGUGGCUUCAAGGUGACCUACACCCACAAGGAGGAAGGUGAGCCAGUGUCGGUGACUGUGGACUCAGGUGACUCCACUUUAGGACUUUCUCAGCUCUCACCUGGUUCCACCUACGAGGUCAGCAUCAUCUCUGUGCUUGGUUUGGACGAGAGCGAUCCAUUAAAAGACUUUGUCACAACUUUACCUGACCCCCCUACAGACCUCAGAGCCGUAAAUGUCACAGACACCAAAGCCUUGUUAUUGUGGCGACCAGCAUUGGCCGCCGUUGACAAGUACGCCAUUGUUUACGGCUCUGGAACGGACUCAGAAUUGAGGAUCUCAGUGUCUGGAAACGCAGCAGAACACAGGCUGAGCGGCCUUGAGGCAUCCACCACCUACACCGUCACCAUAACCAGCCAGCUGGGCAACAAGGAGAGCUCAGAGGCCACCACCAGUUUCACUACCACCGGAGGUUCUGGGGGACAUGGGGAUAAUCCUCGAGACCUCCAGGCUAGCAACGUGACCCCUCGCACCGCUCUGUUGUCAUGGAAACCCCCCUCAAAACCCGUUGGAAGCUACAGACUGACAUAUCAGACCGAAGAUCAGGAAAUGAAGGAGUUGAUUGUAGAUGCAGCAGUAACUCAGUUCAACCUGACCAGACUUCAUCCUGGGUCCAAGUACAAGGUGCAGCUGCAGGCAGCGGAGGGAGGACAUUACUCUGCUGCCAUCUUUACUGAGUUCACCACUGGCACCCUGAGGUUCCCCUUCCCCACAGACUGCUCUCAGGAGCUGCUUAACGGCAUCAAGACAUCAGGGGAGGUUGAGAUCUUCCCUCAGGGGAAACUCGGGACAUCGAUGAUGGUUUACUGCGACAUGGAGACAGACGGAGGGGGCUGGAUAGUCUUCCAGAGGAGAAAGGACGGCUCGGUGGAUUUCUUCAGAGGCUGGAAGGAUUACCAGAAAGGGUUUGGGGAUCUGAGUGGAGAGUUCUGGCUGGGUCUUGAUAGCCUCCACAACCUGACCUCGUUUACCAAGAUGAAUCUGCGAGUCGAUCUGCGAGACAUAGAUGAGUCAGUGUUUGCUAAAUACUCAACCUUUGAAGUGGCGAAAAGGAACUACAAACUGACUGUGGGCGGAUACAGCGGCACUGCAGGCGACUCUCUCACUUAUCACAACAGCCGGUUCUUCUCCACCAAAGACCGCGACCCAACGCCGUUCAUCACCCGCUGUGCCAUGUCAUACCGAGGAGGCUGGUGGUACAAGAACUGCCACGAGGCCAACCUCAAUGGCCUCUACGGCAUUGACGUCAAACACCAGGGUAUUAUCUGGACCAGCUGGAAAGGGAAAGAGCACUCCAUCUCGUUCACUGAGAUGAAGAUGAGACCGACGGCCUUCAGAGGAUGAAGAGGAGGAGAAUGAACUGCUAAACACAACACAUGCAUGGACGGCAGUGUGUUUAAACAUGUGCAAACACACACACACACAC